UGGGUGUGUAUCAAUGUGUUUGUAAAACAAUCCAGCUUACAAUUUUAUUUUUACUACGAAAAUUAUAAUACGUUGCAAGCAUCAUUUAUAAAUAUUUAUGAUAAUAAAUAAUAAUUAAGUAUCGUCUAUUAUUGUUAAUUAAUUUUGAUUGAGUCAGAAUAAAUACAAUGGAUCAUUCUCAUCGGAGGGGACAAAAUAACACUGACACAAUCAAUGCUAAAGGUGAUACAUCAUGUAUUGAUUUGUCGUCUUCUUCCUCUUCUUCUGAUGAUGAUGCUGAUGUAUGUAUACUGGGUGAGGUGAGCAGCAGACGCGAUGAUACCGGUUCAUCAACGCAAAAUGAACGUGAAUAUCAUGUUAUGGGUUGCAGUUAUCGUCAUACAAACACAUGUCUAUGCAAAGACAUAAUAAAUUUAGAAAAACGUAAAGCAAAAUUAUCAACAAUGUCAUUUAGAGAUAAUAAUAAUUCAGUAAGCAGCAGUGCACAUUCAUCAAUUCUUGCUGGACGUUUUUAUGAUAUACAAUCACGUAGUUCAUCUGAAACAUCAUACUACAGUGCACAAACAAAUAAUAAUGUUAAUGAUAAACAAAUAACAUCUGAAACAUCAUCAUUAUCAAGUAAUUAUUCAACUGAUAAAUGGAAUAAAAAUAUUGAAACAUCUGUUGAAUUAACUGAAACCUCAAAUAAAGAUUUAUCAAAUCAAGAUACAUCUAAAGAUAAAAAUACAGGUGAAGACGAUGAUGAUGAUGAUGCUGAUGAUGAUGUUACACGUGUUGAAAAUAAUAAUUCAAUAACAUCAGUUGAAAUACAAGAACCAAUUGUUAAUGAAAAUAUUGUGUUGGAUAAAAAUGAUAAUGAACAACCAGUUAAAAUGAAUUCAUCAUUUCUUAAAAAAUUAAUAAAAGUAAUUGAUUCACCAGUUGAAGAAGAUAGUAUUAAACCAACUGAAUUUUUUUCAAGAUUAUCACAAUCUUACAUUGGUAAUACAGAUAAUUUUAAAAGAAAAUUAAUGACAAUUAUGGAAGAAAAUAGUAUGAGUCAAAAUUGUACAUUGAGUGAUGAUAAUUUAACUAAAAAAUAUGUUGAUAUUUGUCAAUAUAUACAAGAUGAAUCAAUGCCAUCAUUAAUGUUUGGCUCUUCAUUGUUAAAUGCAACUAAUAAUAGAACAAGUGAAGUUCAUUUAUCACCAAAAUCUUCACCAGUUAAAAAAUUAAUAACAAAUAAUAAUAAAAAAAAUAUAAAUUCAUCACCAUUGUAUAAAACAGCAUUGUCAAAUAAUGCAACACCAAAUAAAAAAUAUCAAAAUAAACAACAACAACAAUUUGCCUCACCAAAUUCACCAAGCUCACCGAAUACACUUUGUGGUGAUUCAUUUAUACGUCUUGAAAAAUAUUGUGAACAAAUAUCAACACCAACAAGUGGUAAAAAAAAUAAUUUACGUAGAAGUUUUUCUGUUCCUGAUUUUGCUGUUUGGACAGCUAAAGAAGAAUUUUUAAAAAAAUGUAAAGAUCAAGAAAAAUCACUUGAUGAUACAAUACCAGCUGUUAAAUUAUCUGAUGAUGUUACAUCUUCAAGUUAUGAAACAUUUGAAAGUCAUAGUCGUCGUGAUAUUGAUUAUCAUACAAUGGAUACUUCAAUUUUAGAUGAUGAAGAUGAUUUAACAAAAACAAUUAUGAUUGAAGUUGCUAAAAAACGUAAACGUUGUUAUGAAACUGAAAAAACAAUUCGUGAAAUUGACGCAGCAUCAAAUGCAUCAUCUGAAACAUCAACGACAUUUGAAUCAGAUAAAAUAUUAGAAAUGUUUGAAUUAAUUAAAAAAUCAGAAGAUUAUUAUAAUUAUUUAACUGAACAUAAAGAUACUAUUCGUGCUGUAACUAAAAGACUAAGCUUUGAUUCAGGUGUUGAUUUAUCAGCUAAAACACCCGAACAUAAAAGUCCAAGAAAAAAAAUUAUAGAAAAUACAAAAUUAACACAAUUAAAACCAACAAAAGCAGUUGCACCAAGAGCAAAAUCACCUGGACGUUUAACAGAUGAAAAAAUUAUUAAAAAACCUAAUAAUAAUAAUAUUAAAACACCAGGUCAAAAAUUACAAGCAUCAACUCCACAUUCAGCUAAAAAAAUUGGUUCUUUAACAAAUCUUUAUCCAUCAUCAUCAUCAUCAUCAAGCAGUUCAACAAAAUCAUUAGCAUCAAGUAAAUUGAAUGUAAAUUAUCAUCAAACACCAACAAGAUCAAUGACAAAAUUACCACAAUCAGUUUCACCAUCAUUGAAGCAACAAGAAACACCAAAACUAUUGUCUUCUCAAUUAUCAAGUACAAGAAAAUCACCAGCAGCAGCUAAACAAACAACUCCAAUGUCAUACAUAACAUCAACAAUUAAAUUAACACCAACAACACCAAGAAAAAAUGAUCCAAUUAUUUCACAAUCACCAAGACAAGUCAGUUCAUACAACAAGACACCAGUUACCACUGAUGCUAAAAGAAGAUUUUUCAUAACUCCAAACAAAGGCAAUCCAUCACCAUCACCAUUAAAUAAAAUAAAAGUAAAUAAACCUAAAAAUUAUUUUACUGGUUUAGAUGAUGCUUAUGGUUAUAAAACAGUUAAAUCACCAGUUGCUGAGUAUAUACGUGGUACAGAUACACAGCUUGUACAAAAUGUCAGAGCUAAAAGAAAUAGUUUUUUGCUAACACCAAAAUUAAAUACUGCUGAUACACAAAAUGAAGAUCUUAAAUUUAAAUUAAAUAAAAAUGACGAUAGUCCAGUUGGUUUUAAUCAUAUUUUAAGUCCAGUUUUACAACAUCAGGCUAAAAUGAUGCUUGCUGAAAAUGAAGAAAAUGUACCAAUUGAUUUUCAUCUACCACAGACAAAUUACAAGAUGCCUGAUGAAAUACAUGAGAUUAUUGGCAGUCCUUCAAAAAUUCGUGGUGCAAGAUCACGUUUAUUGCAAGAAGUUAAUGAAAGAAAAAUAGUAACACGUCAUGAAGGUCGUGUUGCUACUAGUUUUAUUGAUUCACUAGAUGAUGACAUGGCUGAUAUGUCAAUUCAUGUUACAAAUCAUGCAAAUAAAACAAAUUAUACUGGCUAUUUAAGACGUGUUAAAGACUGAAAUAUUAAUUCAUGAUAUUAAUAAUUAAUAACGAAAAUUAAAAAAAAGAGAAAGUAUUUUAAUUAAUAUUUUAUUGUAAAAUUUUCUAUUAUCUAUAUGACAAGGAAGGGGUAAAAUUACGAAUAAUAUUUUAGCGUGUUGAUUACGCCCAUGUUAAUUAUAUUUUUUACGAUUUUUUUAUAAUAAUUAUAAAAAAGAAAAAAAAAACUAUCACAUGUC